AUGAUCAAGAAUCAUCAUCAUCCUUUGAACAAUCAAUCGAGUAUCCCUCCACCACCACCUCCACCUCCACCAAUAUUGCCUUCCGUUCAAGCAACAGCUGCUGCAACUCCUCCACCACCUCCACCACCACCUCCUCCUCCACCAGCAGGCUCUGGUUCCAAUCCAUCAUCACCACCACCUCCGCCACCACCUCCCAAUUCUGAUGCUAGCUCUAGUCCACAGAUACCAGGUAUUGGAUCGCCCACUAUAGCCACCACACUUGGCAUGGCCAGCCGUAAACCAUGUGCUUUUCAACCUAAGCAGCGUCUGAAAUUUGUCGAAUGGGAAAAGAUGAAUUUGACCAACAUUAGCCAAACGGUGUGGAGUCAUAUGGAGAAGGAUGAUGCUACUACUACUACUACUGCUGCUACAACAAAUGAUCAAGAAUCAUCAUCAUCCUUUGAACAAUCAAUCGAGUAUCAGCUUGCUGAAGCGGGUGUUUUCAAGGAUAUUGAACGACUCUUUGCACAAAAGACACCUACUGCAAAGAAACCACAGCAGCCCAAAGGACCUGUGCAAAUCAUUGACGCUAAGAAAGCCAAGAACAUGUAUAUUGUGUUGAAGAACAUUGAAAAGGCUAUACCGUUCCCGGAGAUCAAACCACGCAUUAUCAACAUGGAUCCUUACUUUGAUGAUGAGCAGAUCUUGUCAACUCUCUUAAAGAAUGCACCCACCAUGGAAGAAAUCGGCAAACUCAAGCCAUAUCUUGAUGCUUCAGAGGCAGAGCUCUCGACAUUAUCCAUGCCUGAUCGUUUUGCAUUACAGACGCUGGAAAUCCCUCGCUUUCAACAACGUCUUGAGUGCAUGCUGUUCAAAUCGGUCUUUUGGGAAAAGUAUCAAAACCUGAAUUCGCAAUUGACAGCUGUAUCGGAUGCUUCUGAAUCAGUCAAGCAUGCAAAGCACUUCAAGCAGCUACUCCAGCUGAUCCUGCUUAUUGGCAACUUUUUGAAUGGAAACACGUUCCGUGGUGGUGCUUUUGGUAUACGUAUUGCUAGCAUCAACAAGCUGGUAGACACCAAGGGCAUUGCAGGAACAAUGACGCUUUUACAUUUCCUUGUUGAGACGACACAAAAGGUUUUCCCAUCCAUCACCGGUUUUCUUGGAGAAUUAAAAGCGUGCGAAGAUGCCUGCAAAGUCUCUAAAGCUGAGGUGCAAAGCGAAUUUCAGGAACUCAAGACGGGCUUUAGCUUGAUUGAAAAAGAGCUCAAGACGCAAGGUGUUGACACGGAUGCAUUAUUAAACGAUAAACAAGUGGAGGAAGAUGAUGAUGAUGCUCAGCAAGUGGAUGAUGAAGACAAUGAUACCUUUCGAACCGUUAUUCGUGAGUUUUACAAGGAAGCCACCAAACGAUUCAAGCGACUCGAGCUAUUGCGACAAGAAUCCAUGUCUGCCUAUGAAGCCGUUGUCAAGUACUAUGGUGAAGAUCCCGGCAAAUUACAUCCAGAUGCUUUCUUUGGUAUCUUUAAGGAGUUCGUUACUAGCUGGGAGAAAUGCCAAGCAAACAUUGAUGAGGAGCGUCAAAAGCAAGAACAUGUUGAAAAGCAAAAGAAGAUGCGUGAAAUGCGCAAAAAAGGAACUAAGAGUGGCGUAGAGAUGGGCCCCAAUCGUGAUGAAAUGGAACACUUGUUGGCUCAAUUAAAGAAUCGGCCCGUAUCAGCAAAGCCAUUGAGACGUAAACGAGCAUCAGCACGCCAUGACAUCAACACCAACGCUCGCUCAAUUUAUGGCACAGACUCGGUGAUGUUGCAAGCUGAAAGUUUACUGCGUUCGAUCCAAGCCGAGGACAAUGAUAUGGAUGACAAAGAGAAUGAAGACCAUGGUGCAGGAGGAAUUAUCGAAAACGAUGAUGAUGAUGAUGAACGACUCACCAACACGUACAGCACUGAAGAUGAUGCUUGGAUUGAGGAAGAGGAAGAGGAUCGAACAAGCACUACUGGCAGCAGCACUAGUAUUAGCAGCAUCAGUGGAUCACCUAGUCCUGUCAGCGAUAAAGAAGGAACCCAAUCGCAUUUGGAUGUACACAAAGCACCAUCAUUGCGACAAAAGCAUUCAUUACACGUGAGAAAGAAACGAAGUUUGCGUCGCCCUAUGGUGGAUAAACCAGGUCGUCGUAGUAUACGUAAAUCAUAA